AUGUAUCCCGUCCAGUAUGCUCCGCAACCAUACGUGGCUGCCGUGACGCCUGCAUUCAAUCAACAGCCUGCUCAGGCUUAUCAAGCGCCUCCAGCUUAUCGACCAGCUCUAGUUCAACAACGUGCUGCGGCUCCGCCAACUUAUCAACAAGCACCAGCAACUCCUGUUUAUCAACAACCGAGAGCUCAAGCGCCGAGGCAGAAUGCUCAGAACCAAAAUAGGAGACAAGGGGAGAGGGCGACCUUCAAUCCAAUCCCAAUGUCCUACACUGAGCUUUAUCCCUCCUUGUUGCAAAAGGGGUUGGUGGUUCCCAGGCCUAUGGGACCUCCCCCUGAUCGUCUUCCUCCAUGGUACAACCCUAAUUCACACUGUCCUUUUCAUGAAGGUGCCCCCGGGCAUGACCUAGAGGGUUGUUACGCUCUAAAGCAUAGGGUUCGGGAAUUGAUUGAGAGCAAGAUCUUGUCUUUUAAGGACAUGGGGCCGAAUGUGAAGAACAAUCCUCUUCCUCCCCAUGGAGAUCCCGCGGUAAAUGCCAUUGAAGAUGCCUCUGCUAGUGUUACGGUUGAUAAGGUGGAUGAUGUGAAGACUCCUUUGGUGGCAUUCCAUGCCCGAUUGGUGGAAGCUGGCCUGAUUAAUGUAAAUCAUGAAAAUUGUGAAGAGUGUGCCACACAUCCAAAAGGGUGUCAGAUGGUGCGAGACAAUAUUCAAGGCUUGAUGGAUGAAGGAAUGCUUCAAAUAUCCAGUGCUGUGAAGAACGAAGAUGUGUUGGUGAUUGAACCUUGUUUCAAUUUACCUGAACCAGUCGAAAUCCCAUAUUAUAGUGGUGGAGUGGUCCUGGUGAACAGUAAGCCAUCGCCUGUCGAGAUAUGUAUGCCCACGCCUUUUCCCUACGAGAGCACCAAGGUUGUGCCUUGGAAAUAUGAGAUUACUGCUGUGGAUAAGGUUGUUGAAGGAAGUUCAGACGCUGAGGUGACAGAAGCUGUAAGUGAAGACGUCACAAAUAUUGCAGGAAUGAGCAGAAUGACCCGUAGUGGUCGAAUCUAUAUGCCUGAAUUCAAUGUGACUCCUCAAGGGCCAAAUAAGGAAUCAACGAUUGCAGCUCCCACUAAAGAACCCGAAGUGGUCCAAUCCGAAGAUGCUGUUGAAUUCUUGAAGUUGAUCAAGAAAAGUGACUACAAGGUUGUGGACCAGUUGCAUCAAACACCAUCUAAGAUCUUUAUUCUGUCUCUUCUAUUGAACUCCCAAGCCCAUAGGGAAGCUUUGUUGAAGGUGCUUGCUCAAGCUCAUGUAACACAAAGCAUAACAGUAGACCAAUUUGAUGGAGUAGUUGCAAAUAUCACAGCCUGCAAUACUUUGAGCUUCAGUGGAGAAGAAUUACCUGAGGAUGGACAAAAUCACAACCGUGCUCUCCAUAUCUCGGUGAAAUGCAAAGAUGAUGCUUUGGCGAGAGUGUUGGUUGAUACUGGAUCUUCGCUGAAUGUUAUGCCAAAGAGAACACUCGCCAAAUUAUCUUAUCAAGGACCAGCUAUGAAGCCUAGUGCCUUGGUAGUGAAAGCUUUUGAUGGGGCAGUUACCUCCACCUUACACCAAAAGAUGAAGUUUGUGGUGGACAAUCAACUAAUCAUCAUUUCUGGAGAAGAAGACUUUGUGGUCAGUCACCUUUCAUCCUUCAGAUAUAUCGAGGCUGAUGAGGACGCUUUGGAAACUUCUUUCCAAGCUCUUGAAAUAGCCAAUGCCACUUUUGUGGAAAUGAAGGGCCCUGUUGGGAAAGCUUGUUCAUCUUUCGCUUCUCUGAAAAGCGCAAAGUCUAGUAUUGAAGGAGGAAACCCUGAAGGUUGGGGUCAACUUAUUGAUAUUCGUGAGAAGCAUGAUCGCUUUGGUGUGGGAUAUGUGCCUUCCGCUGCGAAAGGAGCCCGAGUCCCUACAAAGGACAACACCCGAAGCAUCCAGGAAGUAUUCCUUAGCACAGGAUUCAUUCAUGGAGAUCAGGUCAAUGCAAUUGAAGACAGCACCGCAAAUGAAGAUGAGCCAUAUUUGGUUUACCGGUGUGAGACAACUUUGAACAACUGGAAGGCGGUUGAGAUCCCCGAAAUUUUUCCUUUGUCAAAGUAA